GGGAUUAUAAGGGGCACUCUUUAUUCUGUUUCAUUGUCUUUUAUUUUUGUCGAAUAAUGUGGAUUAGUGAUAUUCAUACUUUUGACUAGACAUUCUAGGCUAUGAUGACCGUCAAGCAUUAUGGUCGCGGGUCAGGGUCAGGGGCUACAACACUUGGGAAACCUUUUGUUCAUCCUGCUAUUGUAGAUUUGAGAGGCAAAGUAUACGAGCUGCUUAGACAAAAUGCAACAAGAUUCUUGCUGGAUGAUGUCUACAGAAACCCCGGCCCCCUUCAGUUUGACGGGCUAGAUGUCGAUUCCAAAGCUGUCAUGGAAACUAUUCUUGUGAAAACUUGUAUAGAUAUAUCAUGCUAAUAUCUUUUGUUGUGUUAAAAGAAAGAAGGAACAUACAAGGGGAAGAAAUUUAAUGCCAUCUACCACUUUUUUGGCUACCAAGCUCGUGGUUCUUUGCCAUCAAAUUUUGAUUGUGACUAUGCCUAUAUAAGUUUAUUUACUUA